CCACAAGAACGAACGAUCUCGAUCUCCCUCUUCCCAUCCGCCACCCGAACCCAAUCCGAUCCGAUCCCGCUCCUCGCCGUCGCCAUGGGCCGCACUUUCUUCGUCGGCGGCAACUGGAAAUGCAACGGAACCACCGAGCAGGUGGAGAAGAUCGUCAAGACCCUCAACGACGGAAAGAUCACCGCUACCAAUGUCGAGACCGUCGUCAGCCCGCCGUACGUGUUCCUCCCCACCGUCAAGGCCAGCCUGCGUCCCGAGAUCCAGGUCGCUGCACAGAACUGCUGGGUGAAGAAGGGCGGCGCUUUCACCGGUGAAGUCAGUGCUGAGAUGCUUGCCAACCUUGGCGUUCCAUGGGUUAUUCUUGGACACUCUGAGAGGAGGGCCUUGUUGGGUGAAUCGAACGAGUUUGUUGGAGACAAAGUUGCAUAUGCACUCGCUCAGGGGUUGAAGGUCAUUGCAUGUGUUGGUGAGACCCUUGAGCAGCGAGAAGCUGGAUCAACUAUGGAAGUUGUUGCUGCACAGACAAAGGCAAUUGCUGACAAGAUCACAGACUGGAAGAACGUGGUCAUUGCGUACGAGCCAGUGUGGGCCAUCGGCACCGGCAAGGUUGCGACACCGGCUCAGGCUCAGGAAGUGCAUGCCAACCUGAGGGAGUGGCUCAAGACCAACGUGAGCCCUGAGGUUGCUGAAACCACACGGAUCAUCUAUGGAGGUUCUGUGACCGGCGCAAGUGCCAACGAGUUGGCCGCGCAGCCCGACGUCGACGGAUUCCUUGUUGGAGGAGCUUCCUUGAAGCCCGAGUUCAUCGACAUCAUCAACGCCGCCUCCGUGAAGUCCGCCUAAGAACAUCCUCUUCGCCCGCGCCCCUUUGUUGCGGAAAAGGACAAUUUCAACUGGAGAUGAAGAGACUCUUUUUUUCCUUUGGCUGUGUCUAUUAUUACUGUGUACGCCUGUAGUAAUUAUGUGGUGGAGCAGCUGCUACUAUCGUUUUCCUCCCCUGCCUGACUUGAGCUGGCAAGCCAAUAAAUCGUGAUAAUG